AUGGCAGACAACACUAUUAUUGAAGAAGUAAUCUUGGAGUCAACAUAUGAGGGACCACAAGGAGAUAAUAUAUUUCAGGAUGAGGAAGUGAUACCUAAUGAAUGCCAGUUGAUUGACUCAAACAACGAAGUUAAUGAUAAUGAUUUUCACUAUGACAAUAAUGCGAAUGAACAAGUUUUGAUUGGAUUAAAAGCAGACCAUACGAUCGAACUUUUGACCACUGGAGAUGAAGAGGUUGGAUCAGAUGAAGCCAUUUGUCCUAGCGAAGAGGAGUUGCACACUAACUAUUCUUCUAGUGAGGAACAAGCUUAUCAUUUCCCUAUUUAUGAUGCUGAACGAGAGAAGUUCGAUCCCCAGUUGGAGGUAGGAAAAGAGUUUAAAAAUAUUGAAGAGUUCAAGGAAGCAGUUAGAAAUCACGGCGCAGCAUCUAGAUGUAAUUUUAGAUUCAAGCCUAAUGAUGAAUUUAGAGCCCAAGCCAUCUGUAAAUUAGCUUGUACAUGGAAGAUUUGGGCUUCGUGGAACAAGAAAAAAGGUUGUGUGCAAAUAAAGUCCAAAAACCCAGAACAUACAUGUAUCAGGAAUAGAACAAAUAGGCAUUGCACUGCAAAGUACAAAGCGAAGCGAUAUUUAGAUACCUUUAAAGUUGACCUGAAUUGGAAGUCUAAGCUUAUUAUAAAGGCUGUAAAUGAUGAUAUGAAGUUAACAAUCAAUAAGGUUACGGCAUGGAUGGCUAGAAGAUAUGCAAGAGUACUGAUACAAGGAUCUAAUGAGCACCAUUUUGGAUUGCUUAGGUCUUUUGCUGUUGAAAUAUUGAGAACCAAUCCCGGGUCUACAUGCAUUGUUGCCAUUCAUGAUUUGAAGUUUCAAGGAGUUUAUAUAUGUUUAGAAGCUUGUAAGAGGGGGUUUUUUGGAGGAUGCAGGCAACUUCUGGUGUUGGAUGGAUGUUUCUUGAAAGGGACGUUUGGAGGGCAGAUGCUUGUGGCUGUGGAAUUAGAUGCUAACCACUAUAUUUACCCAGUAGCAUAUGCCAUAGUUGAGAGGGAGAAUGCUACUACCUGGAGGUGGUUUAUUCAACAUUUGGGUGAAGAUUUGAAGAUAAUGAAUAGCAAUGAAUGGACAUUUAUGACGGAUAGGCAAAAGGGUUUACAAAAUGUAAUAGACGAUUUGUAUCUCGAAGCAAAGCACCGAUUUUGUGUUAGACACAUGUACAUCAAUUUUUUUAGAAUUGAUUUUAAGGGUUUAAUUCUUAAGGAAUACAUAUGGAAGGCCGCAAAGUCGACUAUGGUGCUCGAAUGGAUGUUUUGGAUGGGUGAGAUGGAGAAAGAAAGUAGUGCAGCGCAUAACUGGUUAAAGAAAAGGCAUCCAAGUGAAGGGAUGAGCCAUGGAAGUAUGUGCAUGAGUGUGAUAGAGUGA